GUACACGAAUCAGCUGCGUCCUAAGCUGACCUUUCUCUUCCCUCCUCACUCGAACUCCUCAAUCCUAAAGCCAAGGGCACUUCACCAUCGCCCGAGGUGUUUCCGGGUCUCGUUCUGAGAGGUGGUUUGCUCACAGGCUCAGACCUCGCCACUCUCCGUUCAGCAUCCUUCCAUGUCUUCUUCUUCCACGCCGCAAGCUCCGGUCCCACUCCCGGUAAAUGUAGACACUACAGAUGCAAAGAUCCUCGACGAUGACGAUGCAUCACACCCUGACCAGAGGGACAGCAGAGACAUCUACCUCCCGAAUCACGUCGAAUUCGUGUCCCACAUUGCAGUAGAUGUCGGCGGGUCACUGGCCAAAGUGGUAUACUUUACUCGAUCUAGACACUCGUCAAAUGAUGCGACUCCUGCAGAAUCAGUAGCGGUUCCCCCGACCUCGACUCCUCAUCUGGCUCCUUCCACCUCGAGCUCUUCUCUUUCCUCCUCCUACCUGGGCCACUCUGCUGCUGUCGCAAGUGGAAGCGGCACUGGCCCCCGCUCUCGUCAAUCAUCCACUGGGGGAAGUCGUCCGCCUCCACCUAGGUCGCCAGACUAUCCCAACCAUUCGCAGCCGAGUGGGACUCUUACCCCUUCGGCGAUUCUCAGCGACCAUGCGAGGAUACCGCAUCAUCAGGAUUCCGCCAUGAGGGCGAUGAGGUCUUCGCUCUUGAAGCAGAGGUCUUUGCCGCCGAAUAUACCUGGAGGAAGACUAAAUUUUAUCAAAUUCGAGACGUCUGACAUCGAGUCUUGCGUUGACUUUCUUCGAGAGCUGAUCGAAUCUUCGGCCAAAGCAAACAAUGUCACCAUCCAAGAGAUGAGAAAGGCGGUCAAGCUCAUGGCUACCGGCGGUGGUGCUCACAUGUACUACGAGCUCUUCGAGACAGAGCUGGGCAUUGAGGUUCAGCGCGAAGAUGAAAUGGGCUGUCUCAUAACGGGUCUGAACUUCAUUACAUUGAUACCUGACGAGGUGUUUUGGUACAGUGAUGAGCUGGUCUCGGCCCUUCACAGCCCUCUGCCUGACAAGAGCCUUGGCAGAGCCGAUCCCUCUCAACCGCCGACCUCUUCGCCUGGCCAAGAUGAGCCCCUUCCCAGACCAUCGCCGAACCCUCCCCUUUAUGCGCCCAUGUUCGAGUCGAAUCCGACGCCGAAACUGCCUUGCCUUCUGGUUAACAUUGGUUCAGGAGUCAGUAUCAUCAAGGUUGACGACUAUGGCAAGUUCGAGCGAGUCAGCGGAACGAGCUUGGGAGGAGGGACAUUGUGGGGACUACUGAGCAUGUUGACAGAUGCCGAGAGCUUUGAUGAAAUGCUCGAACUCUCUGAACAGGGGGACAAUUCUACAGUCGAUAUGCUGGUAUCAGACGUCUAUGGCAAUUCCAAUGCUCUGAAUGCCUUUGGCCUCAAGUCGUCGACCAUCGCGUCGUCCUUUGGCAAGGUGUUUCGCCGAGAUGCUCGUGGCUCGGGCGGAGCUGAAGGUCGUAAGAAGAAGUUCUCCCCUCAGGAUAUCUGCAAAUCUCUACUGUAUGCAGUCUCGAACAACAUUGGUCAAAUUGCGCACAUGACGGCUGAAAAGUACGAAUUGGAUCGAAUCUACUUUGGUGGCUGCUUCAUUCGGGGUCAUCAAGCGACAAUCUCUACGCUCAGUUAUGCUAUCCGCUUCUGGUCAAAGGGCACCAAGAGGGCUUUCUUCUUGAGACAUGAGGGCUAUCUGGGUGCGAUUGGGGCCUGGAUCAAACACCUAGACGAUCCAGUGGGGGGCCUCCCAGUGCCCCUUGGGAACGCAUCUGCGCAAGUCAACGGCAGAGCCCAGCCACAAGAGCUGUCACGGAGCGUCGCAGACGUAGAUAUGCAGAGUGGCGCCGCUAACCAAGCUCAUGCGCACUUUGAUCAUCUGGACACGCCAACGCUAGAGAAACCGCAGCCUUCCGAAUCAGGCGCUCCCAGGACGGCAGUGUCGCUCGUCGAUGGAGACCCGAAGCCGACCUCACAACGCUCACAACGACAGGCUCAAGACGAGGGGAUGGACAUGCUUUCUAUGCUUAGCUCCCUUCAGGAUGAUCAUCGCGCUCUUGUCGCGCCGCUUGUCGCUGCGCAGACCAAAGUGUCCGGCGAUGGAACCCCUCGCGGACUGGUGAACGGGAACGGUAGCCACGCAGUGCUAUCACAUCGUUCCGAAGAGGCUGCAGAUGAAGAGGAAGAUGUUGCGGAUGAAGCUGCUAUGGACAAUGUAGAAGAUCUUCAGGAUCUGCUUGCUCAGCUGGACGCGGCAAACGGGGCAGCCGACGGUCUGGAGAGUAAGCUAGAUGGGCUGUUGGAGCGGCUCGACGGUUUGUUGGGCCGAGCGGAAAUCGAAGAAGAGUAAGACGCAGGCUGGCAAAUCUUAAUGUACCACAAUGGGCCGCUUCAUGUGUGCGAGUGUGAUCAGGAAGUGUGGGAGAGGAAGACCGAUGGCGGCUGCCGAGAGUGCCGAUUGGGAC